AUGGCCACCCUGAACCCCUUCGGCAACAGGGUGUUCCGCCUUGACCUGUACGAUGAGGCGGCGGUGGCGCCCCUGCUCGACACGCUGGCAGGGGAGUGGGGCGGCGAGGUGGCCAUCGGCUCAUACCCCGUCACGAACCAGCCAGACGGCGCGCGGCUGCUGCUGACUCUGGAGUCCAAGCGCACCGACUCGCUCACGCCCGCGGCGGAGCGCCUGAAGGAGCUGCUGCCAGAAGGGGCGCUGAUAGGGGAGCAGCGGGACGUGACGCGGCUCACCCUGGACAGCGUUAAGAAUCCCUAA